AUGAGGUGCCAGGGACCCUGCCCCUCCCAGGCUGCUCCUGUAACCAGCCCAGGGCUUCCUCUGGGAGAUGAGCUGGGUGAGGAAGGUGCCACCACCAUCCUGGCUGUGCCCAUGGUCCCCAUUGAAGCUUUGCAGCUGGGGCAGGUUACAGUUAGUAAAAGCUAUAGCUGUGAAGUUUUAGGACUGAGGGGGAUCCCUGAAAAACCACCUGUGACAACUGAAAUCCUUGACUUCAGCUUCAAUAUACUCCCUUCCCUUGAUAAUUCAACCUUCUCUGAGCUGAAAUCUCUUCUUUACUUGGAUUUAACAAAGGGUUCUGUUGCUUCCUCAAGGUGUCAGAUCACCUGCAUGUAUGAUGGUGCCUUUCACAGCAACAAGCAGCUGAAGACAAUCAUAGUGACUGGCAACUUGAUCUUGUUCCUGUCUGACACAGCAUUUGCUGGCCCACAUCCCCUGAAGAAGCUUGUCUUAACACAGAUGGUAAUAGCCAGUACAUCCUUCAUUCCAAUGACAAAUCUGCAUGGGUUGGAUACCCUCAUCUUGGGCAGCAACCACAUCUCUUCGCUGCAGCUUCCUCCCAAUUUUCCCACUCUAGACCUCAAGUACCUUGACUUUCAAAUGAACAACAUAAGAGCAAUCACAGCGGAUGUCUGUGUUUUGCAGACCAGAAACAUAACUCACAUCUUUAAAGGCAAUGACAUCACAUACAUUUAACCUGAAGCUUUCCUGUCCCAUUUCUACAGUCUAUUUGGGGGCUGUGGUGACAUACCUGAGGUCCUGGCAGGGAUACAGAACUCCACAGUCCAGAUUCUUUGUCUGGGAACAUUUCACAGUGUGGCAAGGGAGACCCACAUAAGCCCGAAUGUUUUCAAUGUCUCAGUGAAAGAUCUCACUCUGCAGCUACCGUGCUUUAGAAAUCUAAAUGAUGACACAUUUCAGUGCUUAACCAGGCUUCAAAAGCUGGACCUAACUCAAACCCACAUCAGCAUGUUGCUGCCCAGCAUCAGCAGCAUGAGCUCGUGAGCAGAGUUAAUUCUCAAUGCAAACUCCUCUGAGCACCUCUGCAACAUCAGCUAUGCUGCCUUCCCCUCCCUCACCCACCUUCACAUCAAGGGCGACUUGCAGGUCCUGCAGCUGGACUCUGGCUGUUUGGAGAAAUUGGCAAAGCUUCAACAUCUCAAUUUAAGUAAGAGUCAAACUGAACGCUCUGACUGCUGUAAGGAAGCACUAAGUGGUUUGAGACAUCUUUGGUACCCACGUCUGAGCCAUAAUGUAAAACUCCACCCCCAAGAUGUGCUCAUUAAGGAUGGUGCUAAGUUGGAACUGCUGGACCUGUCCUUCACUCCACUUCAUAUCAACACUCCACAGCGUCCAUUCCAAAAUUUGCAUCUCUUGCAAGUGCUGAAUCUUCCCUCCUUGCUCAUUAAUACUAGCAUUCAGCAUCUCUUUCAAGGCCUGGAAAACCUCAUGGUGUUGGACCUUAGUCAAAAUAAGUUUGAGUCAGGGAUCAUUCCAAAGGACAAACUGUUCCAACAGCUAUCCAAUUUAGAGGUGCUAAUUUUAUCAUCCUGUGAACUGACAGCAAUAGAUGGCCUGGCAUUUCACAGUCUCAGGAAGUUGCAGCAUGUUGAUCUGAGCCACAACAAAACUAUUGUAUUCAGCACAGAUGCAUUUUAAGACCUCAAGAGUAUCAAUCUCAGUUUUGCCCACAACAGGAUCCAUACUGUACCACAUGAAGAGCUGGCAUCCCUAACUGGCUGCUGUGUAAUUAAUUUAAGUCACAGUCCCCUGAAUUGCACCUGCUCCGAUUUUGUUUUGAUUGCCUAGUACAAGCAGAAUCUGGAUAAAAUUGAUAAAAUUGAAGACCCUGAAGGAACAAGAUGCUCUGACCCCAAAUUGCUAGCUGGGACUCAGCUGACAACCAUCUCACUCUCCUAUGGGAUCAACCCAUCAGGAAUCAUUGCAGUUGCCCUGGCUGCCAUCUUCAUUUGGGGUGCUCACUAUUUCAAGCAAAAUUACCAGCAAAUAUAG